CGAGUCAUGAAUUCAUGACAACUCGGUUUGACAACUACCCCAGCUCCACCGUCUUCUCUCUGCAUUAUUGGAAAAUUUUUAUAACCAUAUUCAGAUAAUUUUGUUAUUUUCUUCCAUGUAGAAGAAUAUUUCUGUAUUUUUCUAUUGCCAAAUUGCUCUUGUUAUUUGUGAGUUUGGUCAUUCAUCCAAUAUUCAAUUACAAGUUUGUUUUGUUUAUUCUAAUCUCCCGCAAAUCCCCAAUCACACAAUUCAAUCCAAGAUUUCCAGAAUCAUACUCCUCUCCAUGAAGUCUUUUGAAGAAGGGAUUGAGAUUUCAAAAACCCAUUUCAGAAAUAUCAACUGAUUUCUUAAAAUUGCUGUUUCUAAGCCGAUUUUCUCAUUUGGUUAUCUUCUGAUUUUCGCAAUUUUCAGAGAGAACAAUCAUCUUCUCGCCCAGAAACUGGGCUGUUCUCUCUUCACAAUUCCGUAUUCUAUGCUUGUAGCUCUUCUCUGAUAUGGGUUUCCUUUUGAAGUUCAUAGUGUUUUCUCUUGUAUUAGCUUCUGCCUCUUCCCAUUUCAAUUCCAGCGAAGAGGGUUUCAUUUCGACGGUCAUAUCUCAAAAGGGUCUCAACUUCAUCAAGGAUUUGCUGAUAGAGAAGGCAGUUUCCACCAUCAUUCCGCUUCGUCUGCCCGAUAUUGAGAAGACUGUCAAUAUCAUCCUCGUCGGCAAAGUUCAUGUCGUUCUUUCCGAUAUAGUCAUCGGCAGCCUCGAGGUCGAUUCGUCGGAUAUUCAGAUCGGCGAGACGGGUAUCAAUAUAGUUGUUAUGAAAGCCACUGCUAAUCCGAGUAUGAAUUGGAGAUAUACUUAUGGGACCUGGUUAUUUGAAAUUUCUGAUAAAGGAGACGCCUCUGUUCAGGUUGAUGGUAUGAAUAUAGGCCUAACUCUAAGUUUAAGUCAGCAAAAUGGAACUCUUGAGGUGUCUCUUUUGGAAUGUGGCUGCCAUGUGGAAGAUAUCUCCAUCCAUUUGCACGGCGGGGCAUCUUGGCUUUACCAAGUGUUGGUUGAUGCUUUUCAAGGGAAAAUAGAGUCAACAAUUGAAGAUAAUAUUUCCAAGAAAAUCAGAGAAGGGGUAGUAAAUCUUAAUUCGUCGUUGCAGUUGCUUCCACGAGAAAUCCCCAUAGCUGAUGUUGCUGUUCUGAAUGCCACUUUUGUGGGGAGCCCAGUGUUAUACCCUUCUUCCAUCGAAUUUAAAAUUAAUGGCUUAUUCACCCCCUCUAACAAGAAAUUAGUUUCUAGCUAUUAUCAAGGCGAAAUCAUUGAUUCUGAUUAUGGAAAAUCUCGACGUGAAAAUGUCCUCAACUCCGCUGCACGUGUUCCCUUCGAAUAUCACCAUGACGAGACUGAAGGUUCUGUCUACUGUAAAGAUGCAGCUAAGAUGAUUGAGAUCUCUCUACAUGAAAAUGUCCUCAACUCUGUUUCACAGGUUCUCUUUGAAGAAAAUUAUAUGCACUGGAUUGUGGACAAGAUUCCCGAUCAGAAACUUUUGAACACUGCAGCGUGGAAAUGGAUUAUUCCUCGACUCUACAGGCAGUAUCCGGAUGACGAUAUUGUUCUUAAUAUUUCCGCUUCCUCUCCACCAUCCUUGAGACUGCAAGACCGAGAUAUCUCCGCCACUGUUUACGGUGACAUGAUUAUCAAUGUCAUAGAUUUCGGUGAAGUUACACCAGUUGCUUGCAUCUCAUUGGAAAUUUCUGCCUCCUUGUCUCCACAAAUCUCGGGGAAGAAUUUGGUUGGUCAUGUAACCUUGAAAGACUUUGCAUUGGCUUUGAAAUGGAGCAAGAUUGGCCCUCUCCGCCUUUAUCUAAUACAGAAGACGAUUGCGGGUUUGAUAAAAACAAUUUUGGUGCCUUUCGUUGACUUGUAUCUCUGGAGAGGAAUCCCGUUGCCGAGCUUUCACGGACUAGCUCUCGAGGACACGGAAAUGCUACUUAAUUCUUCAAAGGUCAUCAUGUGUAGUGAUGUUACCUUUGAUCAGGAACUCAGACACCAUCUCAUUUACUCAAGCUAAAAGAAAUAUUAGAAUUUAGGGACUGUCAUGCUCUGUUACUUGUAAAAUAUCCUAUUCAUGUGUGAGUAGUAGAAAGCAAGAGAAGAUGAAAAGAGGAAAGCCAUUUAUUUGUAAACUAUAAGGAAGCUCAUGUUAUGUAUAUAAGAAAAGUACAGGCCUGGCCCGACCCGACCCAUCCAUAAAGCCCGUUCUAGUUGCACUCACGGCCCGAAAACUAGAAACCGAACUGUGAAUGUUGAUGUUAAUUAAGUUAUGGACAAUGUCAUGAAAGUUAUGAAAAGUUGGAUUGUUUUGGAUGA